AUGCCUAACGAACGUCUACGGAAUAAACGUGAGCGCUUGUGCUCUUGGUGCUCGAAGUCCUUCACAAAGGAUGAACACCUGGCGCGCCAUGUGAGAACCCAUACUAGGGAGAAGCCCUUCAUCUGCCCGAUUUGCAGAAAGCCGUUCAGUCGUCAUGACUCACUACUGCGACAUAUGAAGUGUCAUUCUUCCAGUGUUCUACAAAAGGGCCUAGAGGCGAGAGCCGCCUUGGGCGACACGAACGAUGCAUCUCAGAAAUGCCACGACCAUCAAAUAUCUUCAUAUGGACUAUCGCCAGGGUUUCGCAAGCCUCCUACUCCUCCUCCUCAAUCGUCUGCAGUUGGAGCCGAGUACCCGGGCGGAACAAAUACUCGGUCGGCAUCCUAUUCAUUUGCCAACGAUCAAGGCACAACCACGUCCACUUUUGAAGAAGUCGCCCCAAUACAGCAAGGGGAACAGAGAGAAAAUGUGUCGGGAUUUCCAACGCUGGGAUCUCAGUCUCAUCUGACAACCCUCGAUUCGUCUUUCACUGAUUUCAGCCAACAUGGAUCAUGGCUAUUUGAAAACUCGAAUAUCCAAGUACCAGCCUGGUUCGCAGACGACGAUUUUGAUUUGAACGCUUUAAAUUCCGAGAUUAUGAUGUCAACUACAAAUUGGCUUCCAGGUCAUCUAUCACAUUCUCAGAAUGAACCGACUGGCCACCCUAUCCAGCCCCAUGAUGAAGGCAACAACCCAUCACGCGAAGAGCUGAUACGCACGCACUGGCACACCUAUAUGGGUCCUACAUGGCAAGGCUUAUCCAGAACUGGCCAUAUCACCCCGGAGAUGAUACCCGAGCAAACACAAGUGGACGAAGCCUAUCGAGCUAGCUUGGCUGUCAAACUUCAACCAGACAUACCAUUUUUACCUCUUCCAUCGACAGACUUCUUGUGGGAGGGAUAUUUCUCACGACAAGGACUGGAGACCAUAGCCAUGAUCCAGGCAGCUCUCAUAGGGCAAACUUUUGGGCUUCUAUCCGGGAGACAGAAAGAUUUGCUUAUCGCGCAGACAUUUCACGGCACCCUAGUCGUGUGGGCAAAAAGAGCCACUGGGGCUCAGAUGAUGAAGAAAGCAUCAGACUAUAUCAGUCUAAGUGACAUUUCACACGCACCAGAAAAAGCAUGGAAGACAUGGAUUCAAGCAGAAGAAAGAAACAGGCUUCUCGCGGGUAUCCAUGUUCACGAUGUCGAGAUCUCGGAACUUUUCAUCGCAGAUCCAUAUUUCCGACAUUCUCCAUCCAAACUACCACCCUUGUCGGCCGAUGACCUCUGGCUAGCAAAGACACCCAAAGAAUGGUCACAAAAAAUGAUUUCACAUCUUUCUGGAUCAAAUUCAUAUGCUAGCAGCUUACGACCAUCAACAAGGAUUGCUGACGAGCUUAGCUUGUCACAACCAACCAACCUGACCAACGGUUUUCAUACAUACUUGGCGCUGGAGAGCCUUGCAGCUUCAGCAAUGGAAGCCAAAAGCACAAUUAACUCAAAACAGCAGUCUUCCUACGAGGACGCUUUGAUAAGGUUUUACGAAACCAACAUCACCCCCAACGAAGACCAAAAUGGAGCAAAGUACUCUCUGGCAGUGCUAUGGCAUUCUACAUUUAUCUCAUUAUAUGCAGACAUUAACCGCAUAGAACUGGCAAUCGGAAAGGAAGGUCUCACCGAAUCCCAACUGCACAGAGAAUACAUACGAGAAUGGGUCUCAUCACCAAAUGGACAAAGAUGUGCACUCCACGCUGCACUCAUCCUCCGCGAACUAGAGAAAAUCCCAAUCGGAGCAGAGCCUCCAAUACACGUCCCUCGAAUAAUAUUCCGGGCUGCACUUGUUUGGUUCUGUUACACCGAAUUUGGCGCCGACAGGACAACCAAUCGUCAUCAGAGUGUGGAAUUCCCUGAAUUGCAGAAGAUCGGGAUCAAUUGCCAGCGGUUGAAUUUCGAGGCGAAUGGAUUUAAGGUAUUGCGACCUACUAUUUCAGAGUCGAGCACCUUCUGUGGUUUAGUUGAUAUUUUGCCUCGCGUUGGGCAUUGGGGUAUCUCUCGGCUUUUUGCUUCGAUAUUGAACUUGCUUGUUCCAGAUGUUAAGGAUGAUGAGAGGUGUCCAAGGUUGUGA